CUGCUUCUCCUCGCUCCGUCUGUGUUGAUAGCGGCUCCAGCUUCCACACGUGUAGUAUUUCCUAUGUGAAUCUCUCUAUUAGGGACCCGUUUACAAGCUCAUUUUGCUCCAUCACAACAGGUGUAAAGCCAUAGAAACCGACAAACAUGGGGGCUUAUCUGUCUCAACCUAACACUACCAAGACCUCUUACGAUGGCGGCAACAGCAACAUGAGCUACGGCUUCUCUGCCAUGCAGGGCUGGCGUGUUUCCAUGGAGGAUGCUCACAAUUGUAUCCUAGAGUUUGACGAGGAGACCGCCAUGUUUGCUGUGUAUGAUGGACAUGGAGGCGAAGAGGUGGCUUUAUACUGUUCAAAGUACCUUCCUGGCAUCAUCAAGGAGCAAAAGACCUACAAAGAUGGCAAACUGCAAAAGGCACUAGAGGAUGCCUUCUUGGCCAUCGAUAGCAGAAUGACCACAGAGGAAGUCAUCAAGGAGCUAAUCCAAAUCGCUGGACGGCCCACUGAGGAACCACCCACUGAAAAGGUGGCAGAGGAGGAUGAUUUGGACACAGAGGAGGCAGCAUUGCUGCAUGAGGAGGCCACAAUGACCAUAGAGGAGCUGCUGGUACGCUACGGCCAGAACCGCAACGCUGUCAAACAUGCUUCUGCCAUCAGUGCGGCUGCUAACAAAGCAUCCUGCCCCCACCCUGAGACAUCGGGGGACAAAGGGGACUUUGGGGAAGGACAGAAGAAAGAGGGGCUAAACGGAGAGGUGGAGGAGGAGAGCAACGGGAAGGUGAAGGAAGGUGAAGGAGCAGCAUGUGGGUCUAAGCUGCGAGCCUGUCGGAGAACAGGAGGAGGUGAAGGCAGUGGUGCAGCAGCUGACUGUGGAGAGUCAGGAAGCUCCAAUGGAGAAGAAAAGGCUGGUAAGGCAGAAGGAGAUGCAGGUCCUUCCUGCUCCUCUUUGUCCUCCAAGGCUGCAGGAGACUCAAAGUUCUUUGAUGACAGCGAGGAGUCUGAAGGAGAGGAGGAGGAGGGUAGUGAUGAAGAGGAUGGCAGUGAAGAAGAAGAAGGUGACAGCAGUGAGCCAGAAGAAGAGGAGGAUACAGAGGAGGGAGAGGAAGAUUCUGAGGAUGAAGAUGAGGAGGAAAUGUGUCUACCUGGAAUGGAUGGCAAGGAGGAGCCUGGCUCAGACAGCGGCACCACAGCUGUUGUGGCUCUGAUCCGAGGGAAGCAGCUGAUUGUGGCCAAUGCUGGAGACUCUCGCUGUGUAGUGUCUGAACGCGGCAAGGCUGUCGACAUGUCGUACGACCACAAGCCAGAGGACGAGGUGGAAUUAGCUCGCAUCAAAAACGCCGGAGGGAAAGUGACCAUGGAUGGACGGGUCAACGGUGGACUGAACCUCUCCAGAGCUAUUGGUGACCACUUCUAUAAGAGGAACAAGGCUUUGCCCCCAGAGGAGCAGAUGAUCUCUGCGAUGCCCGAUGUCAAAGUUCUGACACUUAAUGACGACCACGACUUCAUGGUCAUUGCCUGCGAUGGCAUCUGGAAUGUGUUGAGCAGUCAGGAGGUGGUGGACUUCAUCAGUGAGAGGAUCAAACCAGACCAGAGUGGCCAAGCCAGACCCCUCUCAUCUAUAGUGGAAGAGCUGGUGGACCACUGUUUGGCUCCCGACACAUCUGGAGACGGGACAGGAUGUGACAACAUGACCUGCAUCAUCGCCACCUUCCGGCCACACCCGUCUCCCACUCAGUCAGAUGACACAAAGAAGAGGAAGCACCCGGAGGAGGCAGAAGGGGCCGAGGUGGAGGAAAAUGGAAACGACAGCAAAAAGGCUAAAAGUGACUAAAGGAAAAGAGAAACUGUCCCAGGGGGAGCAGCUGGUCCCAGACCACCCCGGAUACACCAGAGACACAUUCUGUUCAAAAUUAAAUCCUUACCUCACAAACAUCAAUUCACCCUAAAAUAGAAAUUACAAAUGCUAAACAUAUGCUCAAACAUCAGCUGAACUAAGACCAUCAGUAUAGUUUUUGUCCUCUGUUAUAGGUGGAUUCCCACUUUAACGCCCCUUCUAGUUAUUUCUUUUUUUUUUUGGUCUCAUUGGAAAGAAGCUGGACACACUCAAACUUGUUAAAUUCAGAAGAGGCAGACUUGCCACUCACUGGCAUGCUGAACAGCACAUCAUUUUCCAUGUAUUUGUAACUUUCUAACCUGGCAUCACAUAAAGGAGACAUUAGGAAAAACAAAGGAGGACAUUAAAGUCCUUCGUAGCCCAAACUGAAGCUUCAUGACGCUGUGAGACUGCGAAUGCUAGUCUAUUGUUGCACUGAAUGUGUUUGUGCCCCAUUUCAGGCUCCUCUCUGAUGUCGAUAUCUCACCCUGAGUUGGUUCAGGGGCAGUUUAUGUCAGUCACUGACAGAGAGGAGCUGAUAUGAUGUUGGGGUACUAGUCCAGUUGCUCUACUUUACAUAUAUUUCUUUUCCCCAUUAGCACCCAUUGAAACAUGAGGAUGUUUUUUUUUUUUUGUUGUUGUUUUUUGUUUUUCUUCUUUUCCUUCCAGUCUUGCUGGUCACAUGACACACAAUACAUCACCGUUCUCCUGCCUUUCUUUUGAUUCCUGCUUUGUGUCUUGUCUUGAUCAAAAUCGGUUAAUUUCCAGAAGGCAAAAAGAUGCCAAGGUUUUGGGAACGAGUGUACUUUUCAUCUGUAAGAGAUGACAACAGGGGAAACGGAGGCAAGCCCUAUGUGCCUCUGUAUGUCCCUCCAGAGAGAGGUGUAGAUUGAUACCCUGGACUGGCCCUCCACACACAGCUUGUCUCCAGGACUCUACCUUCCUCCACCCCGUUUAUUCUCCUCGUGUUUCCACUGUAACACCUUUUUAAGAAUAUCUCUUGAACAUGAGUUUUAUUUUUAAAAAGUAUUUCCACUUAAAUGUCCAUAUUUUUCAGUUUUGAUAAAUUAGUCCUCUAGCAGUUUUUAAAAAAAAUCCUUUUUGUGAGCACACUCUGAAAACGCAUUGACGCUGGGCUGUAGAGAGGAUGCACAAGGUUAUUUUUUUGAGUG